CGCUGCCGCCCAUCUCUAAUAGAUUUUGGCUUGUCGAGAGAUUUAUUUUUAUUUUCCUUUCGUGUCACUUUUCGGUUGCCUUGGCGGUAUCCAAAUUAAAACCUCUUUGGAAAUUUAAACCGGUAUCCAAAUUCCCAGCGCACCCAUCCAAUCCAGGACGCAUAUCACCACGGAAACCGAGAGCGGAAGGCCACCACAACAGUCGCCAUCGUUGGAGCGCGUGUGAGCAUUUUUACAGCCGCUGACGAAAUAGAGAUUGUUCCAGCACACAGAAAAGAGCAAGUCGCUUUAGACACCUCAGUGCCCAGCGAGCAGUCCCGCAGCAGCAGCAGUCCAGUGAUCCUCCACCGUUCUCGAUCAUCAUCAUCAUCAUGUCCAGCGAGGCCAAUACACCCGUUUUGCCCAACUGCAUCCGGCUGCCACUGCCGGAGGACGAGCUGAUGGAGGUGGUGGCCAAGGCCAAGGACUAUGCCAUCAUGCACGGCGCCGCCAUGCGUUCCAAGACCGCCUUUAGUCCAGAUUCACUUAACUUCGCGCCCUUUGUGCUAGUUCCAUCGUCAUUUCCCCGCAAGGAGUUUGAAAAGGCAGUGGCCCUGCAGCCAAUUAUUAACCGAUUAAUGCACAAUGUGGCCCACGACGAGGAGUUCAUCACCACAACCCUGGCGGAGACAAUCAAGGUGGACGAGUUUACGGCCAAUCUGUUUAACAUAUAUCGCAAGGUUCUGGCUCACGGCUUUACCCAGAAAAUAUCGCUGGGAAUGCUGCGCAGCGACCUAAUGCUGGAGUCUUGCUGUCCGGAGCUAUCAACGCAGGCCCAGCGUCCGGCAGCUGGCGAGGAUACCGCUGUGGAUGGUAUGGAUGUGGCUCUGGCUGUGAAUUCUGUGGGAACUGCUGCAGCUGGCACUGGGAGGAAGGCAGCAGCAGCAGCGACGGAGCAGGAGGAGCAACUGAAACGAAAAGCGGCCAAUCCCAUUCAGUCCGCUUACUGCUGCUGGAAACAAGUCGAGAUCAAUACAAUAGCUUCGGGCUUUGGCCAUUUGGGACCAGCAAGUAAAAUCAUACAAAGAUUUGUACUUAGUGAGCUGGGACAUGCGGAUAAGUUGCAUAAUAUGCCUAGCAACAAUGCCCUUGCUGGACUCUGCGAUGGCAUGGUCAAGGCCUGGGACAUUUAUGCCAAGCCCAAGGCUGUCAUCUUGUUCAUCAUCGAGGAUGUGUCCUAUAACAUUUGCGAUCAGCGUUUCCAUGAGUUCUACAUCCGGGAAACCUAUCCGCACAUCAAGGUGCUGCGCCGCACCCUCACUGAAGUCCACAAGGAGGGCAAGCUGGGCCAGUCCAAGGAGUUGCUACUUGGCAAUCAAGAGGUGGCCGUCAUCUAUUUCCGUGCUGGCUACGAGCCCGGACACUAUCACUCGCAGGCUGAGUGGGAUGCCCGCUAUCUGAUGGAGACAUCGCUGGCCAUCAAGUGUCCAUCGAUUCAUUACCAUUUGGCCGGUACCAAGAAGGUGCAACAGGCUCUGGCCCAGCCGGCCGUUCUAGAGCGUUUCAUCAAUGAUCCGGAUGAGAUUAAAGCCGUGGGUAAGAUAUUUACGGGUCUGUAUUCCCUGGACGACAAUGAGGCGGGCAAUGCCACCUACGAGAUGGCUUUGCGUACUCCUGAAAAGUUUGUGCUGAAGCCACAGCGCGAAGGUGGCGGCAAUAAUGUCUACGGCGUGGAUAUUCCGGAUGCACUCAAGCGCAUGUCGCGCGUGGAGCGCUCCGCCUGGAUCCUGAUGGACCUCAUCCACCCACCGCUAACCAGGGGCUAUAUGGUGCGACCUGGCGGCGAUAUGCCGCCCCAGAUCGUUGAAAUGGUCUCCGAGCUGGGCAUCUUUGGAGUGGUGAUCGGGGAUGCCGAGCAUAUUGUCCACAACUAUCAGGCGGGACAUAUGCUGCGCACAAAGCUCUCAACAGCCAAUGAGGGCGGUGUGGCCGCUGGCCUUGGCGCCCUCGACAGUCCCUAUUUGAUCGAUACCGAUGAGGAGCAGAACUAGAGAGAGAGGGAGGUCUCUCUCUCUGGGAUCGCAUGGCAUUCCACCCUGUUGCCUCAAUAUUAUUAUUAUAUAUAUUAUGUAUAAAGGAUUAUUUUUGUAAUUGUUUUUCCCCCGCACCGCGCCCCCAAAAAAGUGCAAUAAACAAAAUGUAAAGAUA